AUGCCCGCGGCUGUCGAAGUGAUGGAAAUACCGAAUUCACAGAGCGCUAUGGAUGCGAGUAACGCGGAUAAGAAGCGUAAUAAGUUGGGAUACCAUCGCACGUCUGUCGCAUGUGUGCAUUGUCGACGACGGAAGAUUCGAUGCUUGGUGGCCCCGGACGAUUCGCAAGGACGAUGUGAAAAUUGUAUUCGAUUGCGAAAGGAAUGUCAGUUUUUCCCGGUCGACCAACAACCUCCUGUGGAGAAAAAAUCUCGACCAACUUCCCGAUUGGAGACGCAACCGCCGACGGACUCGGCAUCAAUUACUUCGUCACCAACAAACAUCAAAUUCGACUCUCCCGAGACCUUUUACCCGUACCAACAGAUUCCAUUGAACGCUUCGUCCGGUCAGGAUAUAGCUGCCUUUAAUCCAGCCGUCUAUGCUGGUCAUCCCAUGUCGGGCUUUGCGCCAGAUCGACCAAUGGGUGGAGAAUUCUCCGCGCAUCCCGCAAUGGAAACGGGAGUCCCCUGGGACGAAUUCACAACGAUAUCCGACCCCCAAAUGCUAGCCACGAUGGCCGCAAAUAAGAACCAAAUGAUGAACCUCUCUCCAAACGUCUGGGCCCCUGCUUCUGUCCCAGCAGGCCUAUCUCCCGGCUCUCCAAUGUCCGGAGCAUCUCCCAUGUCCGGCCAAGCACAACCCAUGAACACACCCACUUACACCAUGCAAGCCGACGGAACCGUCUGGCAAGUCCCACCACCUCCGCAACCAUCAAGAGCGAUGAGCUAUCCCGGCCAGGAAAUGAAUCCCUCAUAUCAUAAUCAAUUUCAACCUCAGAUGCCGCCAGACCUCAAAAGGAGAAUGACUACACCCGCGCAAUCCCUUUCAAGUGGUGCGCACAGCUCGCCUGGCUCCGCGCCUGAUAUGCAAAAUCCGCCUGGCUCGGUACAAUACCAGCCUCAACCGGGUAUGGAGUAUGCUCAGUGGCCCAUGAAUGCCAUGCAGCCUGGAAUGGGCGUUGUUCCGUACCCUAUGUACGCAGGCGAUGUCCAACAACAACCUUAUUCCAAUCCUCCGAUGGGACACCCUCGUUCAGGACCUUGA